CUUUGAUACCGCAGUGGGCUUGAGCCAUAAUGGUAGCAGUUGCAGUGUUAUGAGUCCGGAGUCUCGCGAUCUGCAAAGGUCGGAGUAAAUGAAGCUGAUAAUUUGCUAUCGUACCGCCACUCACAUCUUCCCAAGGCAGAGGAUCAAGACGCUGGACCGUUUAAUUUCUAAAGGUAGCUAUGCCAUUUUAUUAUCAUCAAAUUAGAUUAAAUGCAAUGUCUAUAUUAUGUGAUUUUUCAUAAUUCUUUCGAAAUGCAUCAAAAUGGCACAGCCAGCGAUUUUGACAGAUGACCUACGCUUAAAUAUAAUGUAGCCAACGACGGCUAUACAUUUAUUUCACGGUCGUUUAUCAAAGGAAUUUGAUAAUUGGAGCAUACAUUUAAAUUCAUUCAUGGUGUUGCUUUUUCAUUAAAAUGUUUUUUUCCUAUUUUUAUCACCAUCAUCAAAUAGAUUGCAGGGCAGCUUCUCAAAUGUCAAGUGUUAUUGCGCAAAAAUGCGUAAACAUCGUGCAUCGUAAAGUAUUUGUCUCAUCAAUGUGUGUUUUAUUUUUUAUUUUAUUUUUUUAUAGCAAAAAUGUAACUAGUUAUGUUAUUUUCUGUUACAUGGCCAUGGAUAUAUUCGAUCAUGUAAAAAAUUAAUAAUGUCGAUGCUACAGCGCUUUGGUGUUCACAAGGUGGUCAUGUGAUUCUGUUGACACGACACCUUGGGGCAAUGUAGCGCUUGAUCAUGACUCUCAGUUCCAUUAACGUUACAUUACACAUAAGAGUCAUUGGACUAAGACCUCUUCUGUAGGUGGGGUUUGUUAAGAGCCGUGACGCUCGGUCUGAACAUUAACACGCAUCGCUUGCAGUACGGUUUUGGAAGCAUAAGGACCCUAUCUUUCAUAUCGGCGAGAAAUAAUUGUAGAAAAACAAAAGGUUAAAUUGAUACGCACCUUUUUAUAGGGUUCCCACACGUCAAUAUUUCCAUGUUACAGUGCUUGUUUAUGGAAAACAGAUGGAAUACCUAGUGGACUACCUGUGCUAAUUAGCUAUCUGUGUCUACGAACACCUGGGUGUUAGUCUGCUGAAUGACUAAUUAUUAUUAUUAAUUCAUUAUUAAUUAUUAACAUCUGUGUGUAAACGGAAGACAGACACCACAAACCUGUUGUCACUGAAAAAUACUGUCGGCUGCAACUGUUAAAACCGGUUAAAACAGUAUACAGUAAGUGUGUAUUUUGCAUUUGUGAAAUUAUUUUGAUGUGAUAUGAAAGUAGAGGGAUUUGUUUUUCUUGAAUUGCACCGCAAUUGAGAAUCAAUUCACGUUUAGAUGGAUUAUUUGGCCAUUGGCUUCCAGGGCCAAUUCACCUCUAAACAGAACAUGUAAGGUCCUUGGACUAUAAGGAGUAACGAUAGGCUCCUUUAGUCCAUUAUUGGGCUACCUUAAUCUCAGAUGAUUUACCAGCAGACCCAGUACUUUGGGCCAAUGAAGCUGAGAUAAAAGGGAGACUAGUAGCCCUACUACACAUGCAGAGAGGGCCAUGUGGUAUUGUAAAUUAAACCAAAAAAAAUCAUUUAUUAUUCUCAAGCGGCUCCUACUCCGUUGGUUUGCUCCUAGUGACAUAGGCUAGUGUGACAGUGGCACAUGAGGAUGAUUCUGUUUGACUGAGGAAGAAUAAUUCACUGCAAUUAGCACAAGCGCAUUAGGACUCUGUGCACCUGCCACAGCCCCACCACAUCCUCACUUGGAUGUUGAAUUUCUCAUCAGAAGUGUCUGCUCAUAGGAUAGGACCUGUUUGGGUGUAUCUCAAUCAUGUCAGUUCACAUCCUCUUCCCUUCUUCUUCAUCUGCACUGAUCUGAGAUCUGAGUAAGGAUAGGUUAAAGCAAUAUUGUGGAAUCCCACCGAGGGAUUUUCUUUCACUUGUAUAGUGCAGUAUUCAAUGAAGAACACAAAACAAGGAAGGGAAAGGAAGCCACAGGAAUAUUGAGAAUAAGGUCUACCCUUUGUGUCUUCUAUCUUUGACAACAAAUAAUAGAAUAGUUAAAAAGAACAGCUAGUUAAAAAGAUAACAGUAACAGGUUUUCCCUAAGUGUUGAUUCAGGACCAGUUUUAGUUGCAGCUCUUUGGCUCAAUAUUAGGACUGAGAAAGGAGAACUUGAUCCUGAACUUGCCCUUGGGGGCAUUUUCUCCUCACAGGGACAGCAGUGAGCAGCAUAGUACUCAUCACUGCUUCCACUUCCAGCCUGAAAUGUAACCCAUAAAUAUUUUACAUUGUUAUCAAAUUGUAUUUGUCACAUGCUUAGAAAAACAACAGGUGUAGACUAACAGUGAAAUGCUUACGGGCCUUUCCCAACAAUGCAGACAAAGAAAAUAGUUCGAAUAAAUACACAAUGAGUAACGGUAACUUGGCUAUAUACACAGGGUACCAGUACUGAGUCGAUGUGCAGGGGUAAGAGGUAAUUGAGGUAGAUAUGGACAUAUAAUUAAGCAAUAAGGCACAAGGGGGUGUGGUAUACACUUAGGGUAUAUGGCCAAUAUACCACGACUAAGGGCUGUUCUUAUGCAUGACGCAUCGCAGAGUGCCUGGACACAGCCCUUAGCCGUGGUAUAUUGGCCAUAUACCACAAACCCCUGAGGUGCCUUAUUGCUAUUAUAAACUUGUUACCAACGUAAUUAGAGCAGUAAAAAUAAAUAUUUUGUCAUACCCGUGGUAUACGGUCUGAUAUCAGAAUUCAGGGCUCAAACCACCCAGUUUAUAACUAGGGAUAAAGUGACUAAGCAACAGGACAGAAUAAACCGUAGCAGCAGUGUAUGUGAUGAGUCAAAGUUAGUGCAAAAACAAUCAAUGCAUUUAGUCCGGGUAGCUGUGUGGUUAACUAUUUAACUAACUAUUUAGCAGUCUUAUGGCUUGGGGGUAGACACUGUUCAGGGUCCUGUUAGUUCCAGACUUAGUGUAUCAAUACCACUUGCCAUGCGGUAGCAGAGAGAACAGUCUGACUUGGGUGGCUGGAGUCUUUGACCAUUUUUAGGGCCUUCCUCUGACACCGCCUGGUAUAGAGGUCCAGGGUGGCAGGGAGCUCGGCCCCAGUGAUGUUCUGGGCUGUCCGCACUACCCUCUGUAGAACCUUGCGGUCGGAUACCAAGCAGUUUCCAUACCAAGUGGGGAUGGAGCCAUUUAAGAUGCUCUCAAUGGUGUAGCUGUAUAACUUUUUGAGGAUCUCAGGGCCCAUGCCAAAUCUUUUCAGCCUCCUGAGAGGGAAGAGGCGUUGUCGUGCCCUCUUCACGACUGUGUUGGUGUGUGUGUGUGUGGACCAUGACAGAUCCUUAGUGAUGUGGACACCGAGAAACUUGAAGCUCUCGACCCGCUCCACUACAGCCCUGUCGAUGUGAAUGGGUGUGUGCUCGGCCCUCCAUUUCCUGUAGUCCACGAUUAGCUCCUUUCUUGGUGACGUUGAGGGAGAGAUUGUUGGCCUGGCAACACACUACCAGGUCUCUGACCUCCUCCUUGUAGGCGGUCUCAUCAUCGUCGGUGAUCAGGCCUACCACUGGCGUGUCGUCAGCAAACUUAAUGAUGGUGUUGGAGUCGUACACGGCCACGCAGUCGUUGGUGAACAGGGUGUAAAGGAGGGGCCAAGCAGUUAUUUUGUGGGCUACUUCAACUCCCAGCCCCUAGAACAGGGGUCGACACCCCAAAUUAUGUAUACACACACACACACACACACACACACACACUACCAGUCAAAAGUUUGGACACACCUACUCAUUCAAGGGUUUUUCUUUAUUUUUACUAUUUUCUACAUUGUAGAAUAAUAGUGAAGACAUCAAAACUAUGAAAUAACAUAUGGAAUCAUGUAGUAACCAAAAAAGUGUUAAAUAAAUCAAAAUAUAUUUUAUAUUUGAGAUUCUUCAAAUAGCCACCCUUUGCCUUGAUGACAGCUUUGCACACUCUUGGAAUUCUCUCAACCAGCUUCAUGAGGUAGUCACCUGGAAUGCAUUUCAAUUAACAGGUGUGCCUUCUUAAAAGCACCCCCACACAUAACACCCAAGAAGACAUAGUGACAAAGCAAAAACAGGUUUUUAGAAAUUGUUGCUUAUUAAAAAAAAAACUACAUCACAUUUACAUAAGUAUUCACCUUUGGCAGCGAUUACAGCCUCGAGUCGUCUUGGGUAUGACGUUACAAGUUUGGCACACCUGUAUUUGGGGAGUUUCUCCCAUUCUUCUCUGCAGAUCCUCUCAAGCUCUGUCAUGUUGGAUGGGGAGCAUCGCUGCACAGCUAUUUUCAGGUCUCUCCAGAGAUGUUAGAUUGGGUUCAAGUCCGGGCUCUUGCUGGGCCACUCAAGGACAUUCAGAGACUUGUCCCGAAGCCACUCAUGCGUUGCCUUGGCUGUGUGCUUAGGGUUGUUGUCCUGUUGGAAGGUCAACUUUCGCCCCAGUCUGAGGUCCUGAGCGCUCUGGAGCAGGUUUUCAUCAAGGAUCUCUCUGUACUUUACUCCGUUCAGCUUUGCCUCGAUCCUGAGUAGUCUCCUAGUCCAUGCCGCUGAAAUACAUCCCCAUGUUGCCAUCACAAUGCUUCACCGUAGGGAUUGUGCCAGGUUUCCUCCAGACGUGACGCUUGGCAUUCAGGCCAAAGAGUUAAAUCUUGGUUUCAUCAGACCAGAGACUCUUGUUUCUCAUUUGCCUUUUGGCAAACGCCAAGCGGGCUGUCAUGUGCCUUACUGACGAGUGGCUUCCGUCUGGCCACUCUACCAUAAAGGCCUGAUUUGGUGGAGUGCUGCAGAGAUGGUUCUCCCAUCUCCACAGAUGAAUUCUAGAUGAACUCUUUUGGUACCCUUCCCCAGAUCUGUGCCUCGACACAAUCAUGUCUCUGAGCUCUACGGACAAUUCCUUCCACCUCAUGGCUUGCUUUUUGCACUGUCAACUGUGGGACCUUUAUAUAGACAGGUGUGAGCCUUUCCAAAUCAUGUCCAAUCAAAUUAAUUUACCACAGGUGGACUCCAAGUUGUAGAAACAUCUCAAGAAUGAUCAAUGGAAACAGGAUGCACCUGAGCUCAAUUUCGUGUCUCAUAGCAAAGGGUCUGAAUACUUAAAUAAAUAAGGUAUCUGUUGUUUUUUUUAAAUACAUUUUCAAACAUUUCUAAACCUGUUUUCGCUUUGUCAUUAUGGGGUAUUGUGUGUAGAUUGCUGAGUAUUUUUAUUUAUUUAAUACAUUGGAGAAUAAGGCUGUAACGUAACAAAAUGUGGAAAAAGUCAAGGGGUCCGAAUACUUUCCAAAGGCACUGUAUGUGAUCGUGUCUCGUGUUCAAAUAUAACCUAUUUUUGGGCUUCCUUGUGGUCAAUUUGCAGUGUACUAAUUAUUAUAAUGAUAUUCUACCCCUGCCCUAGAACCUCAGCCUGUACUGUAGGCCUUCUCCCGCUCUUCAGUGCUUGCCUUCCUCAUUGUACUCUAGGGGAAGGGUGGUUGUUAGUGAAUAUGUGAAUCCAUUGUGUCAAUUUGGGAUGCACUGACUGAGUAAAUUAGCACUAUUUCAUUACAUUUGAAAACUUGAACAGGAAGUUAAAUGUGAGCCGUUGGGUUUGCAGGAUUAUGCAACACCUUGGAACCAGCACUCGCUCUAGUUUCAUUAUGAGACAGAUUAUGCUGAAUGGGACAUUAUUUUAUUAGGCUAAAGCUCCUUUGUGUUUGGUCACUGGUUACCCUCACUGGAGAGACCCGGACCUCAUUUUAAAUGUAAACUUCAAUGGGGUAGGGACGUCUCAAUGAUUCCGAAUAGCACGGACCCUUCCACUAUCCCUGAUAUUGAUCUGGUCAGUUUUGUGCUUUAUUUCCCCAUAUAGGUAGGGACUUUGGGGAGAGUAAACUGAUCCCUGAUCUGUUUUUAAGGGCAACUUCUGCCUGCAUCGUACUAGAGAUUGCUGAGCUUGGUAGGUAUGCUCACUGUCAAGGGAUAUGGAUUUAAUCCUCUAGCGUUUUAAAAACCAGAGUGUUGUGAAUCAGUGUGUCUGAAUCUCAUACAAUCCACAAAGACACUCAUUUAGUUGACUUCCCAAUCCUACCCCACACUAGGAUUUUCCACUUCCUCAAACGGCCCAUAUAACUCAGCCAGCCAUGUUCCACAGUCAUGUGACGCCUCAUGCAUAUAUUCCACCCUAUGAGUCUCUAUGACAAAAUCACAAUGGAAAUGAUUUAAUUCUGUCCAAGUGUGUGUCUCAGUCAGUGUGUGUAUACAUGCACUUAUGUAUGCAUGUCUGUUCUGUUUUACAACGUAUUUUGCACCUGAUAUGAUCCAGAGGGAAUAAAACAUUCAAGAGAAAGGGAAGAAUUGUGCUCUUGAUAAAGAAAGGAUGUUUUUGCAUUGUUUUAGUCAUCUCAGUGGAGGUACAAAUGCCAUGUAAGCUAAGCUUGGCCACGGAUGCCACAUCCUUAGGUCUGUAUCCUGCUGCUCCAGACUAGAUCUGUUGGGGGGGGGGGGAUUCUGUAUUUCUACACAGAUAACAUAGCCAGUCUAGCAUGGCAGAAAGGCCCUAUCUGUGGCAAGGACAAAAGGGCACUGAAGCAGGGAUUGUGGGUAUGUGUGUCUACAGACAGGGUGGGUGAUGAGGGGUUGUUAAACCCCAGCAGUAUAGAUGCAGCAGCACCAUAGCGUUAGCCACCGUAGCGUUAGCAGCCCCCCAGAGAGAGAGAUGCCAAGUCGUGAUGUUGGGCUCUAGUCACUGGGAUGUCACCAUGGUUACGGUUCGGGAAAGGGGUGAUAUUGCCAUGGUAACAGAACAGAGAGACAGGGAUCUGGGUGUACAGACUGUUUCCCGAUAGUGUGCUAUAUGUGUGAUAUUCCCUCUCACCAUUGCAGAAAGCUUAAUUUUAAGCCUAUGUGUGGGAGGGAAUUUGUCUGUGUGUAAUCAUGGUUUAGUUAUUGGCCUACUCUGUUAGUGUGUGUAUGUCUUUAGUGUUGGGGAGGGUUAGCAAGCUACUUUGAACAGAUUCAGAAUGGAUGGGUGGGUGGAUUUUGUGCGUCAGACAUAUAGAGUUACACAGAGGCUGGGUCCUGAUAUUGAUAUAAUAACCAUCAUAUCGAAGUAAAUUUGGAGUCACGCGACUCGGGAAACCAUGCAGUUUAUUAGGCAACAGAUUAAAUAAGUUAUGAUGAAAUUCACAGGGUGGUGAAAGUGCACGGUGAUGAGUUUGAUGCUGCUUUCCAAUAAAUAUUGAGGGUCUUAUUCUGGUGACGUGAUGAUCUAUGCUUGACUGCCGUUUGACAAAUAAAAGAUUCUCAUCAUAAUAAUGUCAUCAUGUAGACUAGCCUACCCACACUGUAUCUGGGAGCUGUUGGCUAGAGAGCACGUGCCAAGACCAGAGUAGGCACAUUUGCUAUUUAACGUAACAGUUUUUGUGACAACUAUAGGUAGAGAUGGAAACACAUUGAACUUUAGGUUUUCAUUUACCAAAUAAAAAUCUAAGUGAAAAGUUCAUUUUGUGUGCACUACGUCAUCACACACUGAUUUUUAUCCACAAAAAGUCCAUUUGGUGGAAACAUACCACUGGUGGGAUAAUGCCAAUUGGAUGGAAACCUAGCUAGUGACAAAUGUUUUGGCUUUGUACUUUGGAUUUGAAAUGAUACAAUGACUAUGAGUUUAAAAUGCAGAAUGUCAGCUUUAAUUUGAGGGUAUUUUCAUCCAUAUCAGUGAACCGUUUAGAAAAUGUAUUUAUUUUCAAUAAACAAUGGAAACUAAAUAUAGUUUACAUGUUGUCAACAAUCUAAGCCAACCCGUCUGUUUUGCUCCAUAGUUUCGCACGCGAUGGUUUUGUUGCUGAACAACCAACCCGCCUAUAGUGUCCCAGCAGUACCAGCACUAUGGUGUUAAACCGUGAACUGUGCACCAUUCUUCCCAGAUUAAAGUCAUUCUGUCUCUUCUCUCUCCCUUUAUCACUCUCAUUCACACAUUCACUCCAUUAUUAUUUCUUUCAGAUCUAGCCUGCCAGGAUGGACCUGUCCAAGCUGCCUAAAAUCCAGGAUGAGGAGAAGGAGAGCGAGUUUGGAUACGUCCAUGGAGUCUCCGGCCCAGGUCACUAUCAUUUACAUUUAGCAGACGCUCUUAUCCAGAGCCACUUACAGUUAGUUAGUGCAUAUUAUUUUUUUUAUUCAUACCCCCCGUGGGAAUCGAACCCACAACCCUGGCGUUGCAAACGCCAUGCUCUACCAACUGAGCUACAUCCCUGCCGGCCAUUCCCUCCCCUACCCUAGACGACGCUGGGCCAAUUGUGCGCCGCCCCAUGGGUCUCCCGGUUGCAGCCUGGAUUCGAACCAGGAUCUCUAGUGGCACAGCUAGCACUGCGAUGCAGUGCCUUAGACCACUGCGCCACACACAUUCACCUAUGUCUCAUGUGCCUCUGUUUAGACUCUAAAGGUUUUAGGCUAGCUGAAGAAGAGAUGCUUUGGUAAAAGCCUCAGUUAUCCCUCUGGUAGUAGUCUAGGCGAUAGGAGGCUUGGCACUAAUCUGUUUACACCAAUCUGGCGUUGAGUUUGGACUAGAGAUCCGUCUCUCUUGCAUGUGUCUGCCUGGUGUGUGACCUCUGACCUGUGUUGUCCCCUGGCUGUGCUGUAGUGGUGACGGCCACUGCCAUGGCUGGAGCGGCCAUGUAUGAGCUGGUGAGAGUGGGCCACAGUGAGCUGGUGGGCGAGAUCAUCAGGCUGGAGGGAGACAUGGCCACCAUCCAGGUCUACGAGGAGACAUGUAUCCUAACGGGUGAUAUUGCACUGUUAAUGCACCUGACUGGUUGCGUCCCAAAUGGCAUCCUAUUUCUUACAUAGGGCACUACUUUUGACCAUUUGGGAUGCAAGCUUUACUGUACCUGACUGUGUCUGUGUUCUCCCGGUACAUAAAGUGGUAUGCCUGUGUGUACAUGACUGCACCUGUGUGUAUCAGGGGUUGGAACCAAGAUUAUUUUCCAAUCGUUUAGUUCUGAACAGAAACAUUGUUUGUUGUUGUUCCGUUCCACUGUUCUGACCAGCAAAAUACAUUUCUGAAGCAGUUAGAACCCCCCAAAAAAUAUCUGACGAGAGAGAGAGAGAGAGGGAGAGAAUAAAGUUUUUCAUAUUCUGCACAUUGAAGCACAAGAAAUUGUGUUUUUGUUAUAGGUGGUUUUUAAGGACACGUAAAUGUAGCUCAUUUGGCCAAUAUCCCUCGUUUAUUGAUGGCGCUGGCUGCACCAGGUCGAAUCUGAAUGCAUAUGGAUGUCCGGUAUAUUCAAAUCUUCCCGGUCAUGUUGUCUGGUGCCACAUUUUCCUAAUGGAAACCCCUGGCACACAUACUGGCAAAGAUUUUCUAGCAGGCAGACACUGUAAUACGUUUGAGGGUGAGGGCUUUGCAUAGUCCCUUUGCAGCGUAUUUAGUGGGACAGAAGAAAAAAAUGCCUGGAAUGUAAAAUAACGUUAUUAACUGGUUCCCAUGAUUAUAAAAUAACAGUUCUGUUCCGGAACAGUAUAGAUCACUUUCAUUUGCGGUUCUGAUUCUGUUCCUUAAAAUAUUUAGUAGUUUACAGGUUCCAACCCCUUACUAUAUAUUUAUACAAUCACCUUAGUGUUCAUUACUGAACACAUGUAUAUAUAUUAUACACCGUAGCAACCUCUUGAUAACACUCAGACACAUGAAGAGAAGACUUAAAUCUACUGAAACACACACACACACACACUGUGAAUGUGUUCCUGAGCAUUGGCACAGCGGGUGUGUCUGUUGGGGACCCAGUGCUGCGGACGGGGAAGCCUCUGUCUGUGGAGCUGGGCCCAGGCAUCAUGGGCUCCAUCUUUGACGGUAUCCAGCGCCCCCUAAAGGACAUCAACGACCUAACACAGAGCAUCUACAUCCCCCGCGGAGUCAACAUCGGAGCCCUCAACCGAGACCUCAAAUGGGAGUUCUCCCCCGUCAAGAGCUUACGGGUGAGUGUGUCCUACUACUCUGUCAAUGUUUUAAGAAAAGUGUUUGCGUGGUUUACGAAGCGGUAACCCUGCCUCUAUUUUGGGAGAAAGCUGAGGGAUGGGCCUGGAGAAAUGUAACCACUCUCAAAUUCAUAGACUGAGCUAUGGAUGCAAGGACUGACCAUCCAUGAUAUAAAAAUGGUAGUUUUAACCAUGUUUUGAGGCUAUAUAGUGUUUGCUUACAUUGUUUACUAACAUUGGGGUAAAUCAAGCUUAUAUUUGGGUUCUGAUGGGGUACGACAGUUGAACUAAGCUCAUGACGCAAGUUAUAUUCUUCAAGAAUCAAUGGAUAUAUAUCGUUAAUCUAUAAAUCCAAAAAUUGAUGUAGCAACUAAGGAUUCUAGCUUUAAUGUUAAAGUUUUAAUUGAUAACCAUUAACCCCUUAUCUCCCCCCUCUCUCUUAGGUGGGCAGUCACAUCACAGGGGGUGAUAUCUACGGGAUGGUGUUUGAGAACUCCCUCAUCAAGCACAAGAUCAUGCUGCCCCCGAGGAACAGAGGAACCGUCACCUAUGUGGCUCCCCCCGGAAACUAUGACGUCUCGGUUAGUUAGUUCCACCAUCCAACCAUGUCUAAAUCUAUAGUAAUACAUGUGGGGUCAUUAAUGUAUUAAGACUGUGUGUGUGUGUUUCAGGACGUGGUGUUGGAGCUGGAGUUUGAGGGUAUGAAGGAGAAGUUCACCAUGGUCCAGGUCUGGCCAGUGCGACAGAUUCGUCCGGUCACAGAGAAGCUACCCGCCAAUCACCCACUGCUGACCGGACAGAGAGUACUGGACGCCCUCUUCCCGUGAGUCCCCUCUCUCUUACCCCACUGUUCCAUCAAUCCUUCCCUCACCUUUCUCCAUCUCUCUGUCUCUACUUCAAGGAAACUCUCUCUUACCACUCUCCCUCUUUCUCCACCUGUCCCUCUUUGCUUGAAGGACACUAUCAGAAUGUCUUUCUGUCCAUCAGUCUUCACUAUUCUGCUACAAGGAAACUCAAUUAGAAAGUCUUAUUUGAAUCUGCCAAUAUACUCAACCUCUGCUUCCAUCUCUCUGCCCCUGGUCUGUUCUACCUGUCUGUCUCUGUGUCCAGGUGUGUCCAGGGAGGAACCACAGCCAUCCCCGGAGCCUUUGGCUGUGGUAAAACUGUCAUCUCCCAGUCCCUGUCAAAAUACUCCAACAGUGAUGUCAUUGUCUACGUAGGCUGUGGGGAGCGAGGGAACGAGAUGUCAGAAGUUCUGCGAGAUUUCCCCGAGGUGGGUGGUGUUAUGUCAUUGGAUUAUCAUGAUCAUCAUCAUUAGCCUGUUUCUUAUUAGAGGUCAGGAUGAUUGACAGUUGUGUCUGUCCAAUAGCUGACCAUGGAGGUGGAUGGGAAGACUGAGAGCAUCAUGAAGAGAACAGCACUGGUGGCCAACACCUCCAACAUGCCUGUGGCUGCGAGAGAGGCCUCUAUCUACACAGGUAAGAACCAAUCACAGGGCCCAGAGCAUAACACAGCAAACCUCCCAGCCAAUGACAGGCCUGAGACCACAACAUGGAGCACACCCCCUAACCAAUCACCUACUUGUCCUCUGUGUGUGUCUGCAGGCAUUACGCUGUCUGAAUACUUCAGGGACAUGGGCUACAAUGUGAGCAUGAUGGCUGAUUCCACCUCACGAUGGGCUGAGGCUCUCAGGGAGAUCUCUGGUCGACUGGCUGAGAUGCCCGCUGGUGAGUGGCUGCUGGUAACACCCAAAAUACAAAAUAGUUACCUUUUUAAGGCAAUGUAUAGGACAUCUUCUAGGGCUAGUGGGGUGAAUUAGGCUUAAAUCGGUUAUUUGGAACAUAUAAAAUAAAGGCCUGUUUUGUCUCCACAGACAGUGGUUACCCAGCCUACCUGGGUGCCCGUCUGGCGUCAUUCUACGAGCGUGCUGGCAGGGUGAAGUGUCUGGGCAACCCAGAGAGAGAGGGCAGUGUCAGCAUUGUAGGGGCGUGAGUACAGUUACAGCUUUUCACCACACGGGGGAGCCCUUGUUCCUCUCAACUCUCCAGUAGACCUCAGAAACCUGCCAACACAAUCUAGCCACACUGGAAUAGGCGGAAGUGGAGUGCUUCUUAUAACGUUAUAACCAUAUGUUACUGAUGUUCUGUUUCCUUUCCUCAGUGUGUCUCCCCCUGGUGGUGACUUCUCUGAUCCUGUGACAUCAGCUACCCUGGGUAUCGUGCAGGUAACUAUGGAUACACCCUGUUUCUGUCUGGCACUGAUAGACCACACUCAUCCAUAUGGAGCAAAUAAAUAAAGACAAGCUUUAGGGACUCAAUUAUCAUCCUUGGGUGCACCCCCCCUCCCCCCUACCAUCCCCUCCCCCCACCCACCGCCCCUCUCUCCCUCCAACACCCCCCCUCUCUCCCUCCCCUCCCUCCCCUCACCUCCCCCCUCUCCCCUCACCUCCCCCCUCUCCCUCCCUCCCUCCUUCCCUAUCUCUCAGGUGUUCUGGGGACUGGAUAAGAAGCUGGCCCAGAGGAAGCACUUCCCGUCAGUCAACUGGCUGAUCAGCUACAGUAAGUACACGCGGGCGCUGGACGAGUACUACGACAAGCACUUCCCUGAGUUCGUCCCACUGCGCACCAAGGCCAAGGAGAUCCUGCAGGAGGAGGAAGACCUGGCUGAGAUCGUACAGCUGGUCGGCAAGGUGAGGGGGAACUGAGGGGAGGGGGAACUGAGGGGAGGGGGAAGAAAGAGAAGGCGGGGACAACAUUGGGCUGCAUCCCUGGAGGUGGCCAGAAAGAGAAGGCGGGGACAACAUUGGGCUGCAUCCCUAUAGUCUGAGGUUUUAUCUCCAUGUCUCCUCUGCUUCAAAAUAUUGGUGACAGGCAUCGCUGGCCGAAACAGAUAAGAUCACCCUGGAGGUGGCCAAGCUCCUCAAGGAUGACUUCCUGCAACAGAAUGGUUACACCCCCUACGACAGGUAACUCACUGACUCACUCAAACACACUUGCUCUCACUGACCUACUCAAAUAUUUCAGAGUAAUACCGAAAGAUGGGCUGUGAACUCAUUCCAACUGUAACUCCCUGCCCUCUGACCUCUCCCUGCAGGUUCUGUCCCUUCUAUAAGACGGUAGGCAUCCUGUCCAACAUCAUAGCGUUCUACGACAUGGCGAGGCACGCGGUGGAGACCACGGCUCAGAGCGACAACAAGAUCACCUGGUCCAUGAUCCGAGAACACCUGGGAGAGAUCCUCUACAGACUCAGCUCCAUGAAGUUCAAGGUACAGCAGCAGUCUGACUUUUUCUCCUGUGUCUUUCUCUCUCUCUGUGUGUGUGUGUGCUUUUCCCCUGUAUCUCUCUCUGUGUCUUUCUAUGCUGAGUCUCUGAGUGUUUCUCUUACGAUUUGUCUGUAUCAUGUUCUCUUUGUGGUCCUCUAACUAUAUGUCUGGCCUGUUUUAGGACACAGCCUCUGUGUAACUAUAUAUGUCUGGCCUGUUUUAGGACACAGCCUCUGUGUAACUAUAUAUGUCUGGCCUGUUUCAGGACCCAGUGAAGGAGGGAGAGGCCAAGAUCAAGUCCGACUACACCCAGCUGCUGGAGGACAUGCAGAACUCCUUCCGCAGCUUGGAAGACUGAGCCUUCACCCUGGACCUUUCACCCCUGACCCCAGGGGCAGUGCAUGUCUGUGUCGCCCCCUCUCUCUCUGCAGCCACCUCUACUGCAGCAUCACAUUCCACUGCCUCAUGUUUACACCCAACCUAAUGCCAUAAGUUUACCCAACGUGUGUGUGAAUGUGUAUGGGCAAGAAGAGAACGAAAUGUACUGUAUUCUUGUAUUCUGUUGCCUCCCACACUCUAAAUACCCCAGUGUAUUUGCCCCAGCAUGGUCGAAGAUCUGCCCCAAUACCUUAAUGUGUGUAUGUUUACAUGUCUGUGUGUGUGAGACAUCUCACUCUGAACCCCUGCACUGCCCCUCCCUCCCCCUGUUUGUUUUGGACAUGGUCUCUGACCCGAUCUGUGUACCUGAAGACUUCAGUUGAUGUAAUUAUCAUUCUUUACCCCUCUAUCUGUACAGAAGAUUAACAUGAAAUACUUAAUAAGCAGAGUGACUCUAUAUUUGUUGCAGGUGUCUGACAUGGACAACGUGUGGGCUGGUUGUUCAUAUUUUGUGAUUUGCGCUGUGUAGUCUUGUGUACUUGCUG